CGCACCCCUCCGCCCCCUCGAGUCCAUGCGAUCGCGCCGCGCGCUGCUUCUACUUUUGCCGGUGCUGCCUCCUGUGCUGCCGGCUGUGAAGCGACUGCAGCCUCCGGCCCCCUGUCUCCUGCGCCGAGUCACCGGCCCCGCGCACGUCCGCCUGUCCACCUCUUCCGCCGCCUCCUCGCGGGCGCGGCCGUCGGGCAGCAACAUGGACGGAGCCCAGGCCCAGGCCGAGGCCGCGCUCGGCCCCUUCCGCCUGGCCGUGCGGCAGCAGGGGGAUCUGGUGAGGAAGCUGAAGGAUGACAAAGCGCCCCAGGCGGACAUCGACAGAGCCGUGGCCGAGCUCAAGGCACGCAAGAGGAUCCUGGAGGCCAAGGAGUUGGCUCUACAGCCCAAAGAUGACGUUGUGGACCGGAUCAAGAUGGAGGACACACUGAAGCGGAGGUUCUUCUACGACCAGGCCUUCGCGAUUUAUGGAGGGGUCAGCGGCCUGUACGACCUGGGGCCCGUGGGCUGCGCCCUCAAGAACAACGUCAUCCAGCUGUGGCGGCAGCACUUCAUCCAGGAGGAGCAGAUCCUCGAGAUCGACUGCACCAUGCUCACGCCGGAGCCCGUCCUCAAGACAUCCGGCCACGUGGACAAGUUCGCCGACUUCAUGGUGAAGGACGUGAAGAGCGGCGAGUGCUUCCGCGCCGACCAUCUCCUGAAAAGUCACUUGCAGAAGUUGAUGUCCGAUAAGAAAUGUUCGGCCGAGAAGAGGUCGGAGAUGGAAGGCGUCCUGAUCCAGCUGGACAACUACGGCCAGGAAGAGCUCGCCGACCUCUUUGUGAACUACAACGUGAAGUCGCCGCUGACCGGCAAUGACCUCACCCCGCCGGCCUCCUUCAACCUGAUGUUCAAGACCUUUAUUGGGCCUGGAGGGAACAUGCCGGGGUACCUGCGGCCCGAGACGGCGCAGGGCAUCUUCCUCAACUUUAAGCGGCUGCUCGAGUUCAACCAGGGGAAGCUGCCCUUCGCCGCCGCGCAGAUCGGGAGCUCCUUCCGCAACGAGAUCUCCCCCCGCUCCGGGCUGAUCCGCGUCAGGGAGUUCACGAUGGCCGAGAUCGAGCACUUCGUGGACCCCAAUGAGAAGCAGCACCCCAAGUUCGACAGCGUGGCCAACCUCAGCAUCUGCCUGUACUCGGCGCGGGCCCAGCUCAGCGGUCAGUCUGCGCACAAGAUGCGCCUCGGGGACGCCGUGGAGCAGGGCGUCAUCAACAACUCAGUGCUGGGCUACUUCAUCGGCCGCAUCUACCUGUACCUGACCAAGGCCGGCGUGUGCCCCGACAGGCUGCGCUUCCGGCAGCACAUGGACAACGAGAUGGCGCACUACGCCUGCGACUGCUGGGACGCCGAGGCCAGGACGUCCUACUCCGCGAGGAAGGCCGGCGCCGGGAGACGGGCGGCUGAGGAAGAAGCUGGGGCCGUGGGCGGCGUUCCGGAGUCCGAGCGGGCAGUCCCGGCCCUUCAGCGACGCCGACACCGACGCCGGUGCUUUUGUUCAGCCGGAGGUCGCCAGGAAGGCCGCCCGGCUCGCCGGUGCCCUCCGAGGCUGGACUCGAGCCCCGUGGAAGGAGGCUGGGCCCGUGGGGGGCAGCGCCGAGAGGCCGGCAACGGGCAGCGUUCUAAGGUGCGCCGUCGGGAAAUGCCGGAGGCCCCGGCAGGAGCGAGAGGAGAAGCCUUUGGGCCACUGGACAGGGCAGAGCCUGGGAAGCAGGAAGACCACCGAGCGGCCAUUGUUCCCCCACCGGGGAGGCCGGCCCCCCCUAAGAGCCCCCCCGGGGCCGUCCCCAGCAGGAAUGGCCAGGACGACGGCAGCCCUUUGCAGGCAGCCCUUCUCCCCAGACGGGGUCGAGCCGGGGGUCAGCGGUGCGGCUCCCCCGUGAGCCCGGCCGCCCCCGCGCCCGCCAGAGCUCAAUUAGAAGCUGUUAAUUGUUCAUCAGAAGGGAAGGGCGUGAGGCUGGAUCAGGAAAACCAGCGUCUCAGCCAUUCGCCGACCCGUUUGGGGGCUGCCUGUGGCGGCGGCCUCUCGGGGAGCGUCCGUGUCCGGCCGGAGAUGCGCCGCCCGUCGGGGCUUCCCUUCGAGCCCCCACAGGAGCCUCGUCCUCCGGAGAAGGGCAGCGGCCGGGACGCCCCCUCCAGGGAGGCUUCCUGCCCAGAAGCCCCGUGA